AUGGAUCCAAAAAAGAGUGAACAAAAGCUUAGCACAUCUUCAGACACAGCAGAUCCCUCUCUCUCAAACAUGUAUCGAAAAGAGAAGGAAAACCAAAAACUGAGCAAAUCACAAGAAGUAAUCGCAAGUCCCACUUUCGCAGAGAUUAAAUUGCCAAGAGCGAUUGAUGUGGAAGACGCGAUGAAGAAGCAAAACGACUUCACUAUGUUCCUUACAGCGAAAGUAAUCUCUUCCGUUGCCAAAAACUCAAACGUGGUCUUCUCUCCAACAUCAAUCAACGCCGUGCUCACUAUGUCUUCCUCAAUCGAUGAGCUCAACGCUGUUUUCUGCAAGAUUGCUACAGUCGUCCUCGCUGACGCUAGCGCGAGCGGUGGCCCUAAAAUCUCGGCCGUUAAUGGAGUGUGGAUGGAGCAAUCGCUGCCUGUUAAACCCUCGUUAAAGGAUCUCUUUGAGAAUUUCUUCAAGGCUGCUUUCGCUCAAGUUGAUUUCCGAUUCAAGGCUGAACAAGUGCGCGAGGAGGUAAAUGCAUGGGCUUCAAAUCACACCAAUGGUCUCAUCAAAGAUAUCCUUCCUCGUGGAUCCAUUAAAAGCGACACAGAUUGGAUUUAUGGAAACGCAUUGUACUUCAAGGGAGCCUGGGAAGACAAAUUCCCUAAGUCUUUGACAAGAGACGAUGAGUUUCAACUUCUCAAUGGCACAUCAGUCUCUGUACCGUUCAUGAGCAGUUGUAAGAAACAAUACGUAACGGCUUAUGAUGGUUUCAAGGUCCUUAGGCUUCCUUAUCAACAAGGCCGUGAUGAUACAAACCGCAAAUUCUCAAUGUACUUUUAUCUACCGGACAAGAUAGAUGGAUUGGAUAAUCUUUUGGAGAGAAUGACAUCUACUGAUGGAUUCUUGGUCAAUUACAUUACGACAAGUGCAGUUAAAGUUGGUAAACUCAGAAUUCCAAAGAUUAAGAUCGAAUUUGGGUUUGAAGCUUCAAAGAUUUUUGAUUUGAGGCUCCAAGUUUCAUUGUACCAAAAGGCUUUGAUCGAGAUCGAUGAAGAUGGUGCAGUUGCUGCAGCUGUUACUAAAGGUGGCAGACGUGGUUGCAGGGGCACCAUUAUUGUGCCCAAGACUAUAGAUUUUGUGGCUGAUCAUCCAUUUCUUUUCUUGAUUAGAGAAGACAAAACUGGAACCGUUUUGUUCACUGGUCAAAUUUUGGAUCCUUCCAAAUCUUCUCCUACUUAG